UGGCAGGUUUUAACCAGGCGUUCCUACAGCAGACCGCGAGGGACUAAGCCAUAUAAUUAACCGCGAUCAGUACAAGUCAGCGUACUUCCCUGGGAAACCAAAUCUCGUGUUGAAAAAUCUGAAAGAAUUUUCUUAAUUUCUGUCCAAAAAAUCUCUUCGAAAAUGCCUAUUUAUAGAGUGAACAUAAAGUGGGGAAAAGAGAAGUUUGAAAAUGUGGAGCUGAAUACAGACGAACCAACGGAAGUGUUCAAGGCCCAGUUAUUUGCUCUUUCUUCUGUACCCCCUGAACGUCAAAAAGUCAUGCUGAAAGGAGCUGUACUAAAGGAUGACAGCUGGGAAAGUUUUAAACUCAAAAAUGGAGUGACAUUAAUGAUGAUGGGAUCAGCUGGAGAGAUACCUCAAGCACCACAAAAGAAGACCAUGUUUGUAGAAGAUAUGACUGAUUCUCAACUUGCCUCAGCAUAUGAACUGCCAGCAGGACUGAACAAUCUUGGUAACACCUGUUACAUGAAUGCCACAAUACAAUGUCUUCGUAAUGUACCUGAACUUAAGACUAAUCUUUCCAAGUAUUCUGGUCAGUUAAUGAUCGGUGGUGACUUGGGUUCACCAGAGUCUGUUACUGUUGCCAUGAGGGACUUGUAUAACAGCAUGGAUAAGACUUCUGAAACUUUUCCACCCAUAAUCUUUUUACAGGUUUUGCACAAAGCUUUUCCUCAGUUUGCAGAGAAGACAGAACAAGGAGUCUUUGCUCAACAGGAUGCCAAUGAAUGCUGGACACAGGUUGUGAGAAUAUUGCAACAGAAAUUACCUGGUGAGACAGCCAGUGUUGAAGGAACUGAAGAAAAGGCUGCACCAUCCAACAAGGGUUUCAUGGACCAGUAUUUUGGUAUUGAGUCAGAAUCAAUAAUGAAAUGUGUUGAAGCCCCUGAAGAACCAGAAGUGAAGUCAAAAGAAACACUCUUCCAGCUGAGCUGCUUUAUAAGCCAAGAGGUGAAGUACAUCCACACUGGAUUACAAAGUCGCUUAAAGGAAAGUAUCACCAAGAACUCACCCACACUGAACAGAGAUGCAGAAUAUGUUAAAACAUCAAAGCUUAGCCGUCUGCCUGCGUAUCUGCCAAUACAACUUGUAAGGUUUUACUUCAAGGAAAAGGAGGCUGUUAACGCUAAGAUUCUUAAGGAUGUAAAGUUUCCACUUAUGUUGGAUGUGUAUGACAUGUGUACAGAAGAACUACAGCAAAAACUCACACCUAUUAGGAGUAAAUUCAAAGAAAUGGAGGAUAGGAAAUUGGAAGAAGUGAGGAAUUUAAAAGAAAAAUCUAAUGGUGGGAAAACAGAUGAGAAAGUAGAAGCCAUGGAAGUGGACAAGAAAAAGACAACAACAACAAUAGAACCUUAUUCUUUUCCUGAUGAUAUUGGUUCUAAUAACAGUGGAUAUUAUGACUUGAUUGCUGUUCUCACGCAUCAAGGAAGAUCAUCUUCGUCAGGUCAUUACCUGGCAUGGAUAAAGAAGAAUGAUGAUGAGUGGUAUAAAUGUGAUGAUGAUAACAUAUCAAGAGUGCACUCAGAGGAUAUCUUAAAACUCUCUGGUGGAGGUGAUUGGCAUUGUGCGUAUGUACUUCUGUAUGGACCAAGAAAGCUAGAAACAGUACAAGAAACCUCUUAAAUAAUCCUUAACCAACCUACUCUUGUAUGUAUCAGUCAUAUUCAUCAUAAAUCAAUCGUUUUUACAUCACUACAAAGUUCUGUUAGUUUUUCUGAUGAAUUUUCGUGUAAAACAGUUUUGCCCAGAACAAUAUCAGUGGUAAAUAAUGUUGAUAUGAUUCCUACUUUCGUCGAAAUAAAUCGAUUGCCGUCGGUUUGCCGUCGGUUUACCGAGAUGAAUGAUAGAAAAGACCCGGAAUGUUGGGCCUCCUUUGGUAUUGUUCCACAGGAAGCCCAAACCAGUAUUGAAUGCUACUCUCAGCCGCAGUACCCUUUCAUCCUUAUGAACGUAUGAUCUUGGAACGACCUUAGUCUUCUUUAAGUCUGUUUUAACCCAGGAAACCCACUAGUUAAAAAGAAGACUUCAAAGACUAUAGCAGCUAGUAGAGUGUUUAUUUAAGCUAAGAUAUGAUUGGUAAAAAGGUUUUAAUCGGCAAGACUUGAACACAUUAACGAUUUGAACAAAUAAAAAGCUGUGAUGACU